UCUCUCUCUAUUCCUUAUUAUUUUUAUAGAUUCUUAUAGUGGUUGAACUUUCAAGAAUCUUAGAUCUCAAGAUUGUAUUUUUCUUGUUUCAAUUGUUUAGUUAGUUUGUUUCUCUAAUAGGAUUGUGAAUUGAGAAUGUUUAAUGAUCUGGGGUUUGUCUAUGAUUGCAGUAUAUUUCAUUUGUUUGAUAUAUGAAUUCGAUUUGGGUUUUUCAUUUCGAUCUCUACUUAAUCAUUGCCUCUGAACUCUAUAUGUUUGUUGAUAUUUUCACUUUCUGAUAAUGGGGUUUUUUAUUAUUAUUAUUUUUUUAUGAUAGUAUUUCUUGAAUUUCAAUAGUAAAACUGUGCUAUUCUAUUGUUAAUACGGAGUAAUAUAUUGAGUUGUGGGAUCUCUGUCCUGUCAAUGAUUGUUCUUUUUUUUUUCAAUGUUCUUGGAAUAUAGUAUAAUGUUGAAGAUAAAAUAAUAAGUCUUGUUCUAUUUAUGAUUUUAUGGUUCAGAAUUCAUUUUUUUUGUUGGGAAUUUUUCAAUGUUCUUUCUAUUUAAGCUUUUUUAUUUUUCGUUUCUUGGUGAAGAUUGAUAUUUAAUAUAUAGAGUUGGUAUGGAAUUUGUGUUUUUCAUUUUUGGCAAGUAAAGUUUGUGCUAGAGUUCUUUAAAUUAAUAAUUGAUCCUAUUGUCGUUGGUUUUUUUUUUUUUUUUUUUUUUUUUUUUUUUUUUUUUUUUUUUUUUUUUUGGCAUUAGAGCUUUCUUGUAAAGUAGCCUUGUUACAAGAAUGGCUCUUUCUGGGGCUCAUAAAGAUAGAGGAGAGUUAAGGAUUCAAGAAAGUUUGGCUGAACUCAGCACCGAUUUGGCGGACUUUAUCGCAGAUUUAUCAGAGGUGUCAGUGAAAGAGCGAGGUGCUUUUGCCAUUGCUCUUUCUGGUGGUUCUCUCAUUGGCUUGAUGGGAAAACUUUGUGAAGCUCCUUAUAACAAGACUAUUGACUGGGCCAAAUGGUACAUCUUUUGGACUGAUGAACGUGUGGUGGCGAAAAAUCAUCCUGAUAGCAAUUAUAAGCUGGCAAAGGAUGGGCUUUUGUCUAAGGUACCUGUUGUUCCCAGCCAUGUACACUCUAUCAAUGAUACAGUGUCAGCAGAGGAGGCUGCUGAUGACUAUAAGUUUGUCAUCCGACAGCUUGUUAGAACCCGCAUAGUCAGUGUGUCUGAGAUAAGCGACUGUCCCAAGUUCGACCUCAUCCUUCUAGGGAUGGGUUCAGAUGGGCAUGUCGCCUCACUAUUUCCUAAUCAUUCGGUGCUUGACGAGAAGGAUGAAUGGGUGACGUUUAUCACUGAUUCCCCCGAACCUCCCCCUGAGAGGAUAACCUUCACCUUGCCUGUCAUCAAUUCGGCAUCCAAUGUGGCUGUUGUCGUGGCAGGAAGCAGCAAAGCAGAGGCAGUGCACUUGGCAAUAGAUAACGUGGGGCCUGAACAUGCAUCAUUGCCUGCAAGAAUGGUCCAGCCAACAAAAGGGAAGCUGUUGUGGUUUCUGGACAAGACAGCAGCCUCAAAACUCGACAAUUCUCCUUUUUCCCAAUAGUCCAAAUUUCUUCGCGCCAAAUUGUAUUGAAUCAAAGAGAAGGAGUUUGACAGUGGCUGUCUCUCUUCUUCCAUAGGUUCUUGUUCUUUCUUCUUCUUUUCCCUUUCAAUGUUGCGUUAAUCUCUCCUUUUUGGCCUUUUUUCCGGGGUUGGAGAAGUGUGUUCACCUUUUUUUUUUUGUUUUUUUUUGGUAAGAAGAGGUUAAUAAAUUUUUGCCUUAAUACAAAUCCUGUACUGGUUUUUUUUUUUUUUUUUUUUUU